AUCUUCGGCAAAAAAUAAACUCUGAAAACCAUCCUUUGAAUUUAAUGAAAAAUAAACUCCGAAAACAAGGAACCCCAAUUAUUGGGCAUAAAACAUUGUUGCAUUUAUUUCAGAGCACCAGCUCCACCGAAGAAGUCGAGUGCAUCAUCGCCUUGGCCUCCAUAUCAGAGCCAGCUACUUCUGAACACUCGAGCACUGACUCCUCGCAAGAGGUCGAGCAGAUCAUCUCUUUAGCCUCAACUUCAGGGCCAGCUGUUCCUGAACACUCGAGCACCGACUACAUGCAAGAGGUCGAGCAAAUUGUCGAAAGCGAUUUGGCCUCAACAUCAUGGGAGUCUACUCCUGAGCACACAGCAACUGAUCAUGGCAGCCAAAUUCGGUCAGAUGUGUGCCGCCAGGGGGUCCAGCGGGAAGACACAUGCCAUCGCGACCACGCCUACUCGAAACCCAAAGCUCCAGCUGCGACUCCUGCUCUUCAUAGUGGCUAUAGCCUUGAGGAUCGAGACAUCUUUUUUUAUACCGGUCUCCAUGCAGACGUCUUCAAGGAGUUGGUGAAAGUUGUGCCACAGUUUGCUACAACUAAUUUUAUGAUGCCUGUUGAGCAGCAGCUUUUGCUCACGCUAAUGAAGUUGAGGCUCGGCCUUAUAUAUGGCGAUCUGUCGAGGAGGUUUGCGGUUUCGGUUUCAACUGUAGGGAACAUUUUUCGCGCCAUGCUUGCUACACUAGGGCAAGUCCUAAGGAAUGUAGUGGUGUGGCUCUCUCGAGACACUAUCUUCAGAAACAUUCCGCGAUCCUUUGAGGAGAAUGGUUUUGCAGGCACUACUUGCAUCUUGGAUUGCACUGAGGUGUUCUUGCAGCGACCGAAAAAAUUGCUCGCUCGGGCACAGACGUAUAGCUCAUACAAAGGCCACAACACUGUGAAGUUUUUGGUGGCUAUUGCACCCCACGGAUCGGUGAUGUUCGUGUCCAAGGUCUACGGUGGACGGGCGUCUGACAAGCAUAUUGUAAGAGACUCUGGAAUCAUUUCACACUUUGAACGUGGCGAUCAUGUGAUGGCCGACAGGGGUUUUUCUCUUGACCCCGAAAUGGAAGCGAAGGGAGUAGCACUCAACACGCCAGCCUUCACUCGAGGGAAGGCUCAGUUAUCCGAACAAGAGGUGACGGAGACUAGGAGGAUUGCGUCUGUCCGAAUUCACGUAGAGCGGGCAAUAAAUAGGAUAAAAUCCUACAGGAUUUUGAAGCAAGCACUCCCCAUACAGCAUCGCAAGGUUGCAAGCGACAUAGUUUUUGUAUGCGCGGGGUUGUGCAACCUGAAGGGGCCUUUAAUCAAAAAGUGAUGUUCUCCCCAACACUUUGCCCAUAUGGAGGUGAAAAGGUGGUUGCUGACAACUGUAUACUGGCAGCACCCUGGAGAAGUGGCCAUGGCAGCUUACUGUCCUCAUUCCACGCCUUGUCACGUGUCGUUCACAAGGCAAGCAAGCAGCUUUGGCCUUCACUCCAUGGUACUGCCAGUAUGGGGCCGUCGGCAAUCACCUGUUCAACUUUAUAUACUGUAAAUAACUUAUUUUUUGCGGGCUCAGUAUUUCGCUAUUCAGGUCAAACCUUAAGUUUUGGAAUAAUUAGUGGGUUCCAAUUUUCACGGCGCGGUGGGAUUUCAAUGUAGAUUUUAAUCUACAUUGAGGGACGAAUAAGGGAGCGGACGAGCGGCUUGCAUGCUUUCGCAUUCACAACUCAUAAGGAAUGCUUAAGUGUAACUCUAUCUUUUGAUCAAUCAAACUUGUUACUGCCAAAACUUUCAAGCAUCACACAUUGUAUAAAAAAAUAAAGAAUACUGCACUGCCUGUCUGCCUCGGUCCAUUACAUACGUGCAAGCUGCUUGUACUCAUUUGAGAGCGUUAUCUUUCCAGAGUUAACGUCCUCCACAAACGCCGGCAACAGGCUCUUGAAGUAGAAGUUCUUCACUCUUUGUAGGUGGCACUUCAUGAAGUCCUUGUUGUAGGGGACAACUACAACCUCGUCGUGGCCCUCUGACCACACAUAGAGGUGGCAGACGGUCUUUCCAGUGCAGUGCAUUGCAAACUGAACUUGAUAAUAGAACUUGUUUCUUCCCUUUGGUUGCAGCUCGAAAAUGCCAUUGCCAUUCUUUUUUAUGUCGUAUUUUCCGGAAUUUAGAAGGUCUUCACAGUUCAAUACAUUUGGACACUUUAUCUCUAAAAGAGCGUCAAUUCCAUCAAUGAUGCCAUCGGGGCUGGCUGCGAGCCAUGGGAGCUCCGGACAAACAACCAGGCCCGUUUGUC